AUGCCUGCCACUGCAACUCCAAAUCAAAAUCCGUCGAUUAAGCACUCACGAGACACCCUUGAAGCUUCACCCUUUGAAUUCAUCUUUAUGGUGCUACACGACCUAAUCCUUCUGACCCGUCCUAUUAGGAGAAAACAAACCGUGAAAACUGCUUCUUCUCUUCUCUUUCUCCUUGGAAUUUCCAUCUUCAUGAACGUUCCCUGCAAUUAG